AUGUACGAUCUCACUACGUUUGCCGUCGUGUGGCUGCUGCUAAGGCAAGCGGAGGCAUUUUGGCGACUGCCAUGUGGUCGUAUCCAGCUUGGAAGAGUUGAUCCUAUCGUUAACCCAGGGCUUGUGUCCGGUCAUGUUCACACAAUCUCCGGUCCGAACAAUUUCGGGGUUUCGAGCAAUUAUCAAAGCCUGACGUCUUCUUACUGCACGUCAUGCCCUGUCCAAGCUGAUAAGAGCGCGUACUGGACCCCUCAAUUAUACUAUCGCUACAGCAAUGGGACUUUCAGCGAGGUCGGUAAUGGUGGCACCAUCGUGUACUACCUCGACCGCGGCGACAACCUCUCCGAGAUGAUAGCGUUUCCCUUAGGGCUGCAAAUGGUCUCUGGCGACCCCAGUCUUCGAUCAUACGAUGGUACAAGCAUGACGUGGAGUGGUAAACGGCCGAUUGCGGAUCGUGUGAGCUUCGCCUGCAUCAAUUAUCAACAAAGUCAGGCGGAGACGAAUGGUUUGAAUAACACAGACUGUCCCCAAGGCCUUCGAGCACAGGUUCAUUUCCCAAGCUGCUGGGAUGGACUUAACCUUUACAAGGCUGACCAGAGCCAUAUGGCGUACCUGGAUCGGAUCGAUAACGGGGCAUGUCCACCAACUCACCCCAAGCUGUUGCCUCAUCUAUUCUACGAGCUCUACUACGAUGUUGCCCACGUAGCGAAGGAACCCAAUGGGUACUUUGUGUUCGCGCAAGGCGACCCCACAGGCUAUGGCUUUCACGGAGACUUCCUGAAUGCAUGGGACGAGCAAGUCUUAACAGAUGCUAUCGCUCAGUGCAUGGGCCCCAAGGCAGUUAACCGAGGUGGCACGAUCGAAGCUUGCCCACCUUUUGCGCCAACGCUCGACGGUAAUGCUGGCAGAAAUUGCCCCGAACAGCCACCCGUGAUCAAUGAGACCGUCACCGGGCUCAUAAAGCAGCUACCUGGCUGCAAUGAACCCAUCUUUGGUCCCACUCGGGCUACCCAGCAAGUCUGCCCUGUUCAACCAAAUAUUGUCGCAAGCAAAAACGACACCGGAACCCGGAAACUGCCCGUACCCGGAGAUAUGUCAGGUGACUUUGCUUAUGUCGGAUGCGUCAAGGACAGUGGCAACAUUUUGAAUGGUAUCAGCUUCAACGAUGAGAAGAUGAGGAUCGAGGCCUGCACCGAUUACUGCCGGAAGAACAAGUAUGUGUAUGCAGGUCUCGAAGGUGGCCGGGGGUGCUCUUGUGGAAACUACAUCCUGAACGCGUUGCAAACUAGUGGCGCGUGCUCGUCACCCGGCAUCGCAUGCAGUGGCGACAUUGGAAAGUUCUGUGGGGGAGACCAAGUAAUUCACGUCUACAACGACACGAAGACGGCGUUGUCGCCCAAAGGUAUCCCAGAACCUGGCAAAACGCGAGCGGACCUCGGCUCUGGCGCCAUUGCGACAUACACGGGGUGCUACAUGGAAAGUGAUGGUCGAGCCCUCAGGGGCGACAGCUUCUCCGAUACGACCAGCAUGACCAACGAGCUGUGCGGACAAUACUGCCACAGAAAAGGCUUCAGUGUAUACGGUACCGAGUACGCUCGAGAAUGCUACUGCGGCGACAGUCAUAGCGCCCUGCAGGUGUCCGAGGGGAAUUGCUCGAUGAUCUGCAAAGGCGACACGACUCAGUUCUGUGGAGCCGGUAAUCGACUUAGUCUUUGGACUAUCACUACUUUCGCCAGCGCCUCGAGUCAGACAUCGACGAACACUCCAGCAGCGACCGCGCCGACGAUGCCAACUGUCUCAGGCGGAUCGUACGUGGGAUGUGUCUCAGAGACGAGCCCUCGCGCACUGAAUGCCGACUCUAACACCGUCAACACCCAGACGCUGGAGCUUUGCGCACAACGAGCUGCUGCCAAGAAUUACUGGCUCUUCGGAUUGGAGUACGGCUCGGAGUGUUAUCUUGCGGACACGAUCAACCGAGCCAGCUCGUCACUCGAGCCGUCUAAAUGUAACAUGCCGUGCAGCGGCAACAAGAAACAAAUGUGUGGUGGAUCGAACGCCAUUAGCUUGUUCAACAACACCAUGUACUCGCCAAGGAUUCCUGGUAAUGUGCAAGCUGUCGGAACCGGCAUGGCUUACGCCUAUAAGGGCUGCUACACUGAUCAGGGCAAUCCCCGGACGCUAGGCUCGUACAGCACUAACUCGAACAGCAACAGUGUCGAUAGCUGCGUAAGUCUGUGCUAUAGUAAAGGAUACUCCUGGGCUGGUGUCGAGUACGGCAGCGAAUGCUAUUGCAACAACGCUGGGCCGGGCAGCGCAGCACUCAAGACUGAUUCUGAGUGUUCCAAACCGUGUACAGGCAAUGCCAAACAGAAUUGUGGUGGAAGCAUGGCGUUGCAAGUAUAUCAGAUAAGUCUAGGCUCGAGCAUGCUCCGGAGGAAGUAG